AUGGGCGCCUAUCUCUAUGGGCGCCUAUCUCUAUGGGCGCCUAUCUCUAUGGGCGCCUAUCUCUAUGGGCGCCUAUCUCUAGGGCGCCUAUCUCUAGGGCGCCUAUCUCUAUGGGCGCCUAUCUCUAUGGGCGCCUAUCUCUAUGGGCGCCUAUCUCUAUGGGCGCCUAUCUCUAUGGGCGCCUAUCUCUAUGGGCGCCUAUCUCUAGGGGCGCCUAUCUCUAGGGGCGCCUAUCUCUAUGGGCGCCUAUCUCUAUGGGCGCCUAUCUCUAGGGGCGCCUAUCUCUAUGGGCGCCUAUCUCUAGGGCGCCUAUCUCUAGGGGCGCCUAUCUCUAGUGGCGCCUAUCUCUAUGGGCGCCUAUCUCUAGGGGCGCCUAUCUCUAUGGGCGCCUAUCUCUAUGGGCGCCUAUCUCUAUGGGCGCCUAUCUCUAUGGGCGCCUAUCUCUAUGGGCGCCUAUCUCUAUGGGCGCCUAUCUCUAGGGGCGCCUAUCUCUAG